AUGCACGAGAGGAGUGCGUGGACGAAAUAUCUGUUGAGACAUCCAGAGUUCGACUCGCUCGGCAAUCUCCCCCUCGCUCCUCUGAUCCCCAUGAUCCUCACAAUAGAAGCGGUCAUCCCUGUGAUUCCGGAGGGGGGGUGGGGCGAUCAGGGAACAAAAGGAACGGCGGAGCGAAAGUUUUGCAUCCGCAACGAUCUCGCGACGAUCACUUCCAGGAAGCGCCGGCACUUCCAAGGUGACAAUCCCCCCGUCUAG